UAUUUCAGAGCCCAGUGACUUGAUUGUAAAAAUUUACAGAGCGGAAUCAUAUGCUGGUCUCCAAGAGUUUAAAGCAGCCAUUGAAGAUUUAAAUGCAGUUCUUUUUCAACUUCCAGAUUGGCCUGAGGUCUACUUCAGGAAAGGAAAAGUGCUCUACGAUGCGUUUUUUAGGUGAUGCCUUACAACUCUUUCUUCAGUGCUUAGCCCUUGAUGAAGAUUUUGCACCUGCAAAGCUGCAAGUACAAAAGAUUUUAUGUGAUUUAUUAUUACCUGAAAACUUAAAAGAAGGCCUGAAGGGAUCUUCCUGGAGUUCAUUACCAUGUACUAAAAACAGACCUUUUGAUUUUCCUUCAGUGAUGGAAGAGUCUCAGUCCCCCAGUGAACCUAGCCCAAAGCAGAGUGAAGAAAUACCAGAGGUCACUUCAGAGCCCGUCAAAGGAAGCUUAAACCGUGCUCAGUCAGCACAGUCUAUAAAUUCAACAGAAACGCCUGCCAGAGAGGACUGUUUAAAAAGAGUGUCCUCAGAACCUGUUCUGUCUGUUCAAGAAAAAGGUGUUCUGCUGAAAAGAAAGUUGUCUCUUUUAGAACAGGAUGUGAUUGUAAAUGAAGAUGGAAGAAAUAAGCUUAAAAAACAAGGAGCUUAUGGUGAUAUUCCAGAGGAAUUAAUCGAUGUCUCAGAUUUCGAGUGUUCUCUCUGCAUGAGGUUGUUUUUUGAGCCAGUAACAACCCCUUGCGGACACUCAUUCUGUAAAAAUUGUCUUGAGCGUUGUUUAGAUCAUGCACCAUAUUGUCCUCUUUGCAAAGAAAGCUUAAAGGAGUAUCUAGCAGAUAGGAGGUACUGUGUCACACAGCUGUUGGAAGAAUUAAUAGUGAAGUAUCUGCCUGAUGAACUGUCUGAGAGAAAAAAAAUAUAUGAUGAAGAAACUGCUGAACUCUCACACUUGACCAAGAAUGUUCCAAUAUUUGUUUGCACUAUGGCCUACCCCACUGUGCCUUGCCCUCUCCAUGUAUUUGAGCCAAGAUAUAGAUUGAUGAUUCGAAGAAGUAUACAGACUGGAACCAAACAGUUUGGCAUGUGUGUCAGUGAUACACAAAAUAGUUUUGCAGAUUAUGGUUGUAUGUUACAAAUUAGAAAUGUGCAUUUCUUACCUGAUGGAAGGUCUGUGGUUGAUACAGUUGGAGGAAAGCGGUUUAGGGUUUUAAAAAGAGGAAUGAAAGAUGGAUAUUGCACUGCCGACAUUGAAUAUCUGGAAGAUGUUAAGGUUGAGGAUGAAGAUGAGAUUAAGAAUCUCAGAGAGCUUCAUGAUUUGGUUUACUCUCAAGCCUGCAGCUGGUUUCAGAAUUUAAGAGACAGAUUUCGAAGCCAGAUUCUUCAGCACUUUGGAUCAAUGCCCGAGAGGGAGGAAAACCUUCAGGCAACCCCUAAUGGACCCGCAUGGUGUUGGUGGCUUCUUGCAGUUCUCCCUGUAGAUCCACGAUACCAGCUGUCGGUUUUGUCAAUGAAGUCUUUGAAAGAACGGUUGACAAAGAUACAGCAUAUACUGACCUAUUUUUCUAGAGACCAAUCUAAGUAACUGCUUGGAUCUCCCUUUAAAGUUACCCUAAUCUGGCUGCAUCAAUGGCCAGAUUGUCCGCUGCCUUUGCACAUCUAGUGCUGGUUUCAGAAAUGUAAUGAAACUUUUCUUUUUCCUUCAACCUCCUGAAUCAUGUGGUUCUGCAAAUGAAUACCUUCGACUAGGAUUUAGACCACUAAGAACUUGCACAGAAAAACACGCAGUGAAUGUGUGUUAAACCUCUACAUUGUGAAGUUGCACUAUGUACCAUACUCUAAAAUGAAAUAAGAACUCUGUGAGAGAGUGUGCGUGCGUGUGUGUGCGUGCGUGUGUGUGUGUGUGCGUGCGUGCUUGUGGGGGUUGGGUAGUGUGUGUGCAUUUUCUCUGGCUUUAAAAUUUUAAAACAAACAAAAAAGCCAUAGAGAGCAGAACUUGCUGAGGGUCAUUUGUUGCCCAAGUUUACAAGAGUAGCGAUACAAGUUUUUGGAAAUUGAAUUUGCCUCAGAUAUAUCUGUCCUAAUGCUUAUAUUUGCACAAAUAUGUAAAAUAUCGUGUUGAGGAUCAUUCUUUGUUGGAAAUACUGCUCUUGCUGAACUGUCUUGACCAUUGACUAUGACACAGUUUCUUAUUUAUGUAAAUACUUGCAUCACAGUGGCCGACAGGCAUUGGAUGCAGAACCUAGAGCCAGUUUUCAGGAACAAUUGUAAACCUGACAUGGUACUGUGCAUCUAUUCAUAAAACACUCAAAACUGUGAAAAUAUGGUUUACAUUUAAUUGUACAUAAAGGUAAAUGGAGAACUCAAUUCAGUACCAGUUAGUUUGUACAUUUUAGGGGGCUUUUCACAUUAACUGCCCAUUUAUGUAAUUUAUAGUUUGACAUGAUGUGUUUUAAAAAAAAAUGCAUAGUAUAAACCCAUUAAGGAUCUGGGAGAAGAGAAGAAGUUUAAUAUAGAACUAAGCUUUUAAAGUUUGUUUUUGUUUUUAAUUCUGGUCUCGGUGCAAAUGUUAGUUAUGCCUUAUUCAUAUCACAGUUAGAUGACCAUGCUGCGACAUGGUUUAUAUUCAUGCUGCCCUAGAAACUUUUGUAAUUAUCUGUUGCAAAUUUGUGACUGUCCUUAUUAACUUUCUUUUAUGUAAGUAAUUUGUAAAAAUUUCUUAAAAUUUUUGCUUUUGCUUAUUUAAUUUUGAAUAAAAGCUAAAUUCCUAAUACUUUUU